GUAAUUUUAAAUGACUAUUAACUUUCAAAAUUAUUACCCAAUUGUGAUGAAUAAUUAACAUUUACAAUGAGACUCUGCCAAAAUUGAUAUUACACUAAUAACUUCUAGUGAUUAACAAUUAAACACAUUCAAAAGAAAACAUUAAACUUAAAAAUGUAUAUAAUGAACUUCUUUAAGAAUCCUUAAUAAGUCACGUUUAAAUCACGUUUCUCUACAAUAUUUAUUUAUGAUAGCACUUUGAUAUGGAGGGUCAUUCUAUUGACCUGGAGAGCAGAGAAACUCAGAUAAGCAAGGAAGUAAGUAUCCCCUUCACGUCUUCAAUGACUUCAGAAUCUCUAACGGCACGAGACAGUUAAGAAUGGUUUUAUUUUAUUCCUUUAAUGUAUAACAACAGUUAGACUUUAGUGAUCAUUUUACUUUAUAUUUCACAAGCAUCCAAUCUAUUACCAAAAAAAAAAAAACAAAUAAAUAAUGGAGGUUGUGGUAACUUAUCCUAUAUUAAAGUCUUUUCUUGCUGGCUCAUUCUCUGGUACUUUUUCAACAAUCUUAUUUCAACCAUUGGAUCUAAUCAAAACUAGAUUACAAAGCAGAGUUAACAAUCAUGUUGAACCAACAAAAAAUGGAAUGCUUAAAACAGUUGUACAUAUAAUAAGAAAGGAAAAUGUAUUUGGAUUAUGGCGAGGUAUGACACCAUCUAUAACAAGGGUCAUCCCAGGCGUUGGUCUUUAUUUUUCUUCUCUUGAUUGGUUAAAACAUGCAUUACAACUAGAAGAACCAUUGACACCACUACAAGCUAUAUCAUUAGGUAUUACAGCACGUUCUAUGUCCGGUGGUUUAUUAAUACCAAUCACUGUUGUUAAAACACGAUUUGAGAGUGGUGUUUACAAAUACAAUAGUGUUUCGGAAGCUUUGAGGCUUAUAUAUAAGCAAGAAGGUAUUAAAGGUCUGUCCAGUGGUCUAGUACCAACGUUACUUCGUGAUGCACCAUACAGUGGCCUUUAUCUAUUAUUUUAUACACAAUUAAAACAAAUGGCAAGUCAUACAGAAUUCGUUCAUAAAAAUACUUCCAUAUCAGUGAACUUCAGUUGUGGAAUUUUAGCAGGAAUUUUUGCUUCAAUUGUAACACAUCCACCGGACGUUAUUAAAACGAAAAUGCAAUUAUAUCCAAAUGAAUUUAAAACUAUUUACAGUGCCACUUAUAUUGUAUAUAAAAAGUACGGAAUAUUAGGAUAUUUUAAAGGAAUAGUACCCAGAAUGUUAAGAAGAACACUGAUGACUACCAUGGCUUGGACUGUUUACGAACAGGUAUUAUUUACAUUAGGUCAAAAAUUUUUAAAUGUUACUUUGAUUAUUAUGCUCUUAUUGUUAAAUUCACGAAUUCAUUUUACAGAUCACACGAAGCAUUGGGUUAAAAUAAAAUUUAAUCUUUCAUUAUUACUGAUUAAUUGACAUAAAUAAAAAAUUAUACGUCAUUUGAACAAUUAUUUAUAUAUAUAUAUAUAUAUAUAUGUAUAUAUAUCUAUAUGUAUGUACAGUAUUAGAAAGAAGCAGCGAUGUAUUGUUCAUUGUAUUAUCAAUUUAUGUAUUUAUUUAAAUAAAUUAUAUAUUUUUAUAGA